GACAAAUUUUCGGCACUUUUCGGCGCGGCACCCGUAUUAUUCCAGGUCUAUUCUUAUUAACGGAACUACAUCCUUCAAGCCGCGCGGGUUUGGGUCAUUUCAGGGUUUAUUCUACGUUAUCUCCACGUUUUAAAACGCGUUGUUUUUCUGCAGCCUGUCAUUCAUUUACCGGGGACUGUUUCUGUUACCGGGGACUGCUCCAGAAGUAGGUCAUUGCGGAGAGCGCGUUCAAUCCGGAACCCCACAAGAAACCUGCACGUGGGUGAUGCGUCCCAUCGUGGUGGUCCAUGGGGGAGCGGGGCACAUCCCUUCUGAGCGCGCUCAUGGCUCAAUGGGUGGAGUCUGUGCCGCAGUGAAGGCGGGCUACAGCCUCCUGACAGCAGGAGGCAGCAGUGUGGAUGCAGUAGUGGAGGCAGUGGUCAACAUGGAGGACAACCCACACUUCAACGCCGGUUGCGGUUCAGUGCUCACGGCUGGAGGUCAGGUGGAGAUGGACGCUUUGGUGAUGGAUGGGAGGGACCUCUCGUCUGGAGCUGUGUCUGCGGUCUCAAACAUCACUAACCCUGUGAAGCUAGCACGCCUGGUCAUGGAAAAGACAAGCCAUGUGUGUCUGACAGCAGGGGGCGCUGCUGUGUUUGCACGGCAGAUGGGAAUACAGGAAGUGUCCACUGAGUCCCUGAUCACAGAGUACAGCCGCGCCAGGUGGAAGAGGAACCAGGAGCCCGGAGCCAACCCGGUGGAGUGCCAAAUGGGAAAGAUGGGCACAGUUGGGGCAGUGGCGGUAGACUCAGAGGGAAACGUUGCUUGUGCCACUUCCACUGGAGGAAUCCUGAACAAGAUGGAGGGUCGAGUGGGAGACACGCCAUGUAUUGGUAGUGGAGGUUAUGCAGAUAACUCAGUGGGAGCAGUUUCCACCACAGGGCACGGAGAGGCCAUCUUGAAAGUGGUCCUGGCCCGACACAUUCUCUUCCACAUGGAACAAGGUAGGUCUGUGGAGGAGGCGAGCGACCUGGGCCUGUCUCACAUGAGGAGUCGGGUCAAGGGUCUGGGAGGGGUCGUCACUGUGGAUGCCAAAGGAGAGUGGUCAGCUCGCUUCUCGUCCAAUCAGAUGGCCUGGGCCGCAGCAUGUGACCAGACCCUGCACUGGGGGUUAUAUAAAGGAGAGCACUUUACCGAGGCGAUAGUGCAAACGCUAUGAGCACUAAUACUACUACUACUACUAUUACUAGGCUAAUACUCCUGGUACUAUAAUUCCCAUAAAAAAAUAUGCACAAAUCAGGUUGAAAAUUGAUUUGCCAACAAACAUAAUAAAAAAAAAUGUUAUUUUCACAGCAAUUUGUUGUUGAGCUGUGAUCAAAUAACUUUAGCAUUUCAAUUGUGAUUUAACUUUUGAGGCUAAGAGAUUUUAGACAUUCAAAUGUAAAUACUUAAAAAUUAUAUGUUUUACUUUUUUAACAUCAUAGUAUUAACUCAUACUUUUAUAAUAUUGUUGUUAUAAUAAUUGUUGUUAUAUAUUUGAGAUACAAUCCUAUAGGUUUUUGCCACCUGCUGCCAUAUUGGUUCUAGUUGCUAAUGAGUGUAAACUCCAAAGGAAACAUGCAUUAACUGACUAAAUAUCAGGAUUAAACCAGUUUUUAAGGAAAAUGUCAGCUUUCUUGUGUUAGAUUAAUAACCCUCUCCUACCAUUGAAGUUUGUGGAAAGUCAUAAAAACACUUUGAUAGAACCAAUAUGACAUUAGUUGGUCAAAACCGGUUGUAGAAAAGGAUGAUUCGCUGGUAUUUCUGUAGGAACCAUAAUGAUAACUGCACUGAGGCACAGACAGGUUGCACCAAAUGCACCAAAGUCUUAGAAAGAUCAAGUUUACAGGUUUUAUUUUGAUUUUAUUGUGUUUAAUUUGUCAUUUUAAUAAAAUUGUACAGAAUUUAAGCAUUUGAUGAGCAUAAUGUUUGUAAUUGAAGUGCUGCAAAAAUAAAAUUUAAGUUGCAGU